AUUUUCUAUGCGUUCUGGGAAGUGGGCUUGCACCAGAGUUCCAGUGAGAAGAGUCGGGGAUCCGCCUCACGCUCCAGGGGUGUGGUAUAUAGUUCCUGAAUAGAAGUAGAACGGUUCCAUAAAUUCUAGAAUUUUAGAAAACGUGACCGUGAAGACUAUCUUUUUCUUUGCUUUGUAUUAAAGAUGGCUUUAGAAAUGUAUUUAGACCUUUUCUCACAGCCAUGUCGCUCGGUGUAUAUCUUUGCCAAGAAAAACAACAUUUCUUUUGAUUUUAUGAAGGUUUCACUUUUGGAAGGAGAGCAGUAUGGAGAAGAGUUUGGGAAGAUCAACAUGAUCAGGAAAGCUCCUGCAAUCCGAGAUGGAGACUUCUGCUUGGCUGAAAGCAUUGCCAUCCUGAAGUAUCUGGCAGAAAAGUACCAGACCUCAGACCACUGGUAUCCAGCCGAUCUGCAAAAGCGUGCCCGUGUCAAUGAAUACCUGUCCUGGCAGCACAUGGGCAUACGUAUGCAUGGCUCAAAGAUGUUUUGGCUCAGGCUCUUGAUUCCAAAGAUCAUGGGUGUGGAGGUCCCCAAAGACAAGAUGGAUGGAGCCCUGGAGGACCUAGAAGGCUCUCUGAAACUCAUUGAAGAAAAGUUCAUUGGGGACAAGCCCUUUAUCGCAGGAGAGCAGAUCUCCUUGGCCGACCUGGUGGCCAUUGUUGAGAUCAUGCAGCCUGUCGGUUCCGGCUUGGAUGUGUUUGAGGGGAGACUUAAGCUAAGUGCCUGGCGAGACAGGGUUCAGGCGGAGAUCGGGAAGGAGCUGUUCGAUGAGGCUCACCAGGGGAUUCUUGCAUCCCAGGAAAUGGUCAAGAAUAUGGACAGCAGCAAGAUGCAGGUCUUCAAACCCAAGAUCUUGAGAUUCUUCCUCUGAAUGCUCCAAUGACAGUGCAGAGUAAUUCAAAUUAAGCUGGUCCUCAGAGAAAUAAUCAAACUUGAUCUGUUAUUUAGCCACUAUGCACCAUGUAACAUAACAGUGCAACAUAAUAACAAAAACAGCUACAUUUCCUCUAUGGAAAACAUUUCCUGUUAGUGCCAAUUACAUACAUUAUGUUUUAUUCUAAUGUUCUAAAAAGCUUUCACUGUUUUUGAUUGACUGAACAACGUAUUGAAUUCAGACAACCAGGUUUAACGUUUGCAAACAAUAUAUUAUCUGUUUCAAAGUUGA